AGUGAAACUGAAUGUGACUAUUCUCAGUGUUUUUAAUGACAGUGACCAUGGCAGAGGCCUGUAUUUCAGUGUCCCUGGGUGAGUUUCGUUGCUCAAUCUGUCUGGAUUUACUGAACGAUCCGGUGACUAUUCCAUGUGGACACAGCUACUGUAAAGUUUGUAUUAAGGGUCACUGGGAUCAGGAUGAUCAAAAGCUUAUCUACAGCUGCCCUCAAUGCAGACAGACCUUUACCCCAAGGCCUGUCCUGAGCAGAAACAACAUGCUAACUGAACUAGUGGGGAAACUGAAGAAAACAGGACAAGAAGUUUCCCCUUCUCUGCCGUAUGCUGGACCUGGAGAUGUGCCAUGUGACAUCUGUACUGGUAAACAACACAGAGCAGUGAAGUCCUGUUUGGUGUGUCUGGCCUCGUACUGCGAGACUCACAUUCAGCUCCACUAUGAGUCAACAGCGUUGAAGAAACAUAGUCUGUGUAAAGCCUCCACGCAACUAAAGGAGAGGAUCUGCCCUCACCAUGGCAAACUGUUGGAGGUCUACUGCUGCACUGAUCAACAAUGCAUUUGUUAUCAGUGUGCUAUAGAUCAACACAGAGGUCAUGAAACUGUUGUAGCUCCAGUUGAAAUGGCAAAGAAACAGGAACAGGUGAGGAAGGUACAAAGGGAAUGUCAGCAGAAAAUUAAGAAGAGGGAAACUGUGAUGCUGGACCUGCAAAACAUGAUGGGUUCUGUCAAGUGCUCUGCACAGGAAGCUGUGGUGGACAGUGAGAGGACCUUCACUGAGCUGAUCCGCUUCAUUGAGAGAAGAAGCUCUGAGGUGAGAGAGAUGAUCAAAGCUAAGGAGAGGGAUAUAGUGAGCGAGACUGAAGGACUUCUAGAUACACUGGAGAAGGACAAUGUUGAACUGAGGAAGAUUGAUGCCAACAUUAUACUGCUGACACAGACAGAGGAUCACAUCCAUUUCCUCCAGAGCUACAAGUCUCUAUUCGCCCCCCUUGGAUUUGAAGACAUACCUAGGAUUCCUGUUGGUCAUGAAGUAUAUUUUCAGAAAGUUAAGAUGUCCACCUCUACACUGAAAGAAAAACUAGAGGAUGUCUGCUCAGAGGAACUGGGGAAGGUCUCUAAAACAGAUAUAACUGGCAAUCUUGGCAGUGAGGAUUCAGUAGAACAGAACCUGGGCUUGAAGGAAACCAUGCAAGCUGAAGAUCCACAGAUGCAGAAGCUGUUUGUCCCUAUGGGUCACAUCCUGGACAGGCUGACUCCUAAGAACGUCAGGGAGUUGAUGGUGGUAGUGACUGAGCUCACCAUUGACACAGAAGACAAGCUGAAGGGCAUCAUUGACCUCAUAUAUGAGAGGGCAAUUGCACACCCUGCCUGCUCUGCGGUCUACGCCAACUUGUGCCACUGUCUAAUGAGGCUCAAAGUGCCAACGUCAUGUAAUCCGGGAGUGAUUUUGAAUUUCCGUAAAUUACUGCUGAAUCGAUGCCAGUCAGAGUUUUAUAAUAAUAUAUCUGAGCUCUUUGGAGGAAAGCAGAAGGAGCUGGACACCACCACCAAGCUUGUGAAGCUUGUCCAAACCUUCCAGGGGGAGGAGGAGGAGGCCAAGGCCAUGUGGUGCAGACGGUCUCUAGGCAACAUCAGAUUCAUUUGCGAGUUGUUCCAGUUGAAGAUACUUACAGAAGCCAUUAUGCACGAUUGCAUUGUAAAGCUUGCAAAGGACGGCGACGAUAACUCUCUGGAGUGUCUGUGCAUAAUGCUCCCCACCAUCGGCAAGGGCUCAGAGAAGGCCAGGCCCAGAAUGGAUCAGUACUACAACGCGAUUGUGAAGAUUGUGAAGAAUAGGACAACCUCCCCCAGAAUCCGCUAUAUGCUGCAGGAUGUGCUGGACCUCCGAAAGCUUCAUAUGUAGUAGGGGAGAACAUGUGCACAGGACAAGAUGGAAACACACACACACACACACACAUUAAUAUGUUAUAAGAGUGAAUACAUGUAUUGGAUAUAAUUAUUUGUGAAAUUAAAUAUGAUAAUGUAAGACUAUUUGCUGUUGAUAUAUACAAUUAAACUGAAAUAAACAUGUAUUCCCUACAAUAUGUAUAUUA